AUGCAAGAUCAAUUCAGCGACUCACAAUUGCAACUUCAGGAAUCUUCCUUAAAGUACUUGGACAAAACGCAACAACUUGAAAAGCUGAAAAAAGAAUGCCUGGCUCACAGUGAUAGCAAAGAGAGUACAAUAUAUCCGUUCAUCAUCAAAAUUGAUUGUACAGAGAUAACUGAAAUUGAUGCAAUCCUUGGAAAUGUAGUACUACAUCAGCCUCAAGAAGCAAGAAAGAUUUUCCAGGAGGUCUGCUAUGUCAGCUUGACGUCUCUGAAUUUGCUGCCUGCUGAAGUGACCUGCAGUCAAGUUCUUGUGAAUUUGCAGCUAUUAGAUUUACCACACCUAAAAAGUUACCAAUUAAGCACUGCAGAAUUGCUUGGUUGCAAGUUUGACUCUCGUUUCUACAAAUUUGCCGGGACGGUGUGCUCCAUUUCGUCCCCCAUAAAGUAUUCACGAUGUGCCAAAUACAGAUGCCCUGAGAGCAAAUGCUACGGUGCAGCAGAUAACUUCUACAUCAGGUGUCACAUUGAGGGGGCUAAAGAGCAGCAAACAGUCAGACGGGACUUUAACUGUGUGUACUGUGGGUCGAUUUUAAAAGAAGAUGUGACGUGUCGAGUCUUAGGAGAGAGAGUGACUGUGCAGAUGGUAGAGGGGGAUGUCUUUCCUCUUCAGCGUCAAGAUGGAGACACACACUCGGGGAGAUACUGCCAAUCUGUCACCGUUAUGUUGAGAGAUGAGUUCUUCAACAUGCAAUUGGGUGGCUGCUACUGUGUGAUUGGAAUCCCAGUCAAGGAAUUUACUGGAAAUUCUUCGGUCUCUGUAAUGAUUGAGGCAAACAACGUUUUCAAGAUGAAACCAAGGAUUCCAACAGAGCCAAGAAUCCAUCUGUCAGAAACCUUGAGACAGCUUUUAGCAAACAGGGCCCAGUCACCGUGGAGCUUCAGUGCCAGUCUAGCUUACCUCUUUGCUGAGGGGGUCACUCCACCAGGCACCUAUCACCGCCUCAAGCUGUGCAUACUUCUCAGCAUCAUUGAUGCCACCUCCCGAUCUUACAAAAACGACUCCCAGGGUUUUCUAGAUCUAGUGGCUGUUGGUGCUGAUUCAAAUCUAAUCCGGAGGUUAUUGAUCUACGGUGCAUCCUAUGCGCGGAGAGCCAUCAUUCACAGUGGCAGUCAACCCCUGCUUGCCUCCCUCCACAGAGACCCCAGUGGCCCAGGUUGUUAUACUAUCGACGGUGGAUCCACAUUGUUAGCACAUCAAGGUGUUUGUGUGCUGGGGGAAAUAGACAGCCUGAAAAGAGAUGCUAAACAGAAGCUUCAAAAUGUGCUGGAACACAGAGUCAUCCAAAUAGAUCUACCAAGACAAUUAAGUAGUGGAUCAUCCCAGCAGCAAUUAUUCCCUGUGGAGUGUAAUCUGUGGGGCUAUGCAAACUCUUACAAAACUCAGGAGGUUGAUGAGGAGUCUUUAUUUUCUGCCUCUGAAGUCAAGAGGACUCCGAAGCAAUCUAUUGUGGAGAGUUUCCCCAUGGUGUUAGUGUGUGAUAGCCCAAACCCUACCAUGAAUGAGCACGCAGAGCUAAAUAUCAUCAAGCAGACACUACUAGGAGCAAUGGCAGACCCGGAUCAGCUGGGCGGUCGGAAAUCAAUCAUCGGUCCAAGUGAAAUUAAACAGUUCCUUGAAAUUGCCUCUGCCACAACUGUGGAGUUUUCAGCACCAGCAAAGCAGCUGCUGAAGGGUUACUUCGUGGGGAGCAGGCGGGUGCGUUCAUCUGGGGUGCAUGGUACUCCAUUUCCACCAAUGGCACUUCAGACUCUAGCUUGUAUGUCAAGGGCACUUGCUAAACUCAACCUGAGAAACACAGUUCUUGAAGAGGAUGCAGCCUUUGCGGUGCUCCUAUACGAAGAGGCGGUGACAGCAAGAUAUGGAUACUCCAUCUUGAAUAUCCAGAGUAAGCCACACUUCAGGGAUGGCAACAUUUCAGAGCACUUGGGACCAGAGAAUGAUGCCUUCAUGAGGAGCUUCAUGACCCGACUGUCGCGGUUCUGUCGCUCCCAUGUGCCAGAUUUUAACAUGUACGAGUCGGAGGAUUAACACGGAAAUAAAUACUACCUGAGCCCCUGGAGAUACCACGAGAGUGCAUUCCCGUGGCAAUUUGUUA